AUGACACCUCUCCUAAGCCCCAACAUUCAUCGACGAGUGCCAUCAUUGUAUUUAGACGCGUCGAGUUCUUCAAGUUUCUUCUACAAAACUUCGUCACCAAAUCCAACAACGUUAGAAAGAAAAUUUUCAGUUUUUGCAGCAGCGGACAUGGAUCUAGCUCCAACCACACCGUGGACGCUGCCGGAGGAAUUUCUGAAACGAACGUUUUCGUUGAUAAGCUCCGACAAGGAUCGAAACUCGGUAUCGCUAGUCUGCAAAGACUGGUACAACGCUGAGCGGUUGACCCGGCGGCAUGUAUCCAUAAAAAACUGCUACUCUAUUUCACCGGAAAUCGUAGCUGCUAGGUUUCCGGCGAUCCGCAGCGUAACGCUGAAGGGAAAACCUAGAUUUUCCGAUUUCAAUCUGGUGCCGGCGGACUGGGGAGCUGAUGUUCAACCAUGGCUAAAUGUUUUCGCUACUGCGUAUCCUUUUCUGGAGGAGCUGAGACUGAAGAGAAUGGUGGUGACUGAUGAGAGUUUGGAGUUUUUAGCGUUGAAUUUUGAUGGAUUCAAAGCUCUAUCACUCUUAAGCUGUGAUGGAUUCAGUACUCUUGGCCUCGAAUCCAUUGCUACUCAUUGCGAAAACCUAACAGAACUCGACAUACAAGAAAAUUCAAUUAUUGAUCUCGGUGGAGACUGGCUAAGUUUCUUCCCAGAAACCUUAACCACAUUACAAGUUCUUAAUUUCGCAACUUUAAACAGCGAACUUCUUCUCCUUGCUCCACAGUUGACGGAGCUCGGCACCGGUACAUUCUCCGACGACCUCGACCCCAAUCCUACUUCAAUCACCGACCUUGCAAACACUUUCGCUAAAUGUCAAAACCUUCAUUCAGUUUCUGGUUUUUGGGACGCUACGUUGAUUUAUCUACCCAUUAUAUAUCCUGUGUGUGAAAAUUUAACCUUUCUGAAUCUGAGUUAUGCGAGUCUUGGAGCUGAUGAACUCGAACAGAUUCUUCCUCGCUGCAAACGCCUACGUCGCCUCUGGGUUCUUGAUACAGUUGGGGACAAGGGUUUGGAAGCAGUCGGAUCAUACUGCCCGUUACUAGAAGAGCUCCGAGUUUUCCCUGUCUUCCCGGUUGACCCGAGUCAACCGGGCGUGACCGAGUCCGGUCUCGUAUCCAUAUCUCACUGCCCGAACCUCAAUUACAUCCUCUACUUUUGCCAACGAAUGACAAACGCGGCCGUAAUCACCGUUGCCCGAAACUGCCCGAAUUUCACCCACUUCCGUCUUUGCAUAAUAACCCCCUACGCACCCGAUUCCAUAACCAACGAGCCAAUGGACGAAGCCUUCGGUGCAAUUGUCAAUUCCUGUUCCGACCUUCGCCGGCUUUCCGUUUCCGGCCUUCUAACCGACCUAACUUUCGAAUACAUCGGGAAACACGCGAAAAACCUUGAAACACUUUCGGUCGCGUUUGUGGGCGAUAGUGAUUUGGGCAUGGAAUGUGUGAUGAGAGGCUGCCCGAAGUUGAGGCGGGUAGAGAUACGGGACUGCCCGUUUGGUGACGUGGCAUUGCUUUCGGGGUUGGAAAGGUAUGAGUCGAUGCGGUCUUUGUGGAUGUCGGCUUGUAAUGUGACAAUGGAGGGGUGUAAGAAGUUGGCGGAAGAGAUGCCGAGGUUGAAUGUUGAGGUGAUUAAUGAUGAGGAAGAUGGUGGUGAUGAUUUUGUUGCGAAUAAGGUUUAUGUUUAUCGGAGUGUUGCGGGACCACGAAAAGACGCUCCUCCGGUUGUUGUAACAUUGUGAGGGGCGUUUGGUGUGUAGAAUGUUAUUUUUUGGAGGAAUGUAAUCGGUUAAAAGAAUUGGAAUAUUAUGGAAUGUAAUAUGUCAUGUGUUUGGUUUAGGUUGGAAGGAAUAGGAAUGUGUUGUGUGUUGGAAAAGCUUCUCGAUGCCCCGAGUUGUUGGGUCG